AUGUCUUCAAGCCAACAGGAUCGUGGCAGAGGUAGCGGAAGUAACCGACCAUCCUCCAACAUACAAGCAGCCCUGGGAGUCAAUCAGGAAACCGACACCAUACGACCCCGAGGAUAUGGCGACGACCGAUACAGCGAUUUUGACAAAAGUAGAGAGCGUCCAGAACGUCCAAAACGACAAGAGCCAAAUGAGGACAGACCUCACGAGAGAUCACUCCGACAGAGGAUCAAGGACAAAGUCAAAAAGAUCUUGGGUCUGAAAUGA